UCAAAGAUGGCAAUGGGUCCCAGGGCCAAGCGGGCCUCGUGACGGUCUGUCUCCACUGCGGCCAGGAGAGAAACAGAGAAGAAAACCGGUCAGUCCCCUGGCAAACGUUGGAGGAGCAGGAAAGGGUGUGCAGCAGCCGCCCGGAAGCUUCCCACGGCUCAGGAGUUGGGCAGAAGCCUCGUCUCGGUCCAGGAGAAUGGCCACCUCCAUCGUGAACCCUUCCACCUCGGACACUUUGCCCACCAUGGCCGCGGACGACCAAGACCUCGGAUCUCUGGAUGUGGCCGAUGAAAGUGGAAGACACCUCGGGAAAGUUUCCCUCCCACCACAGUCCUCCUGGCGACGCAUCUGCCCCACCAACCGCCUGGUCGUGAUCCUGAUGGUGUUUUGUGGCAUCCUCGCCGUCUCGGUGGUGAUCCUUGGAGCCCAAGGAAUUCGGUUCAAGGUCAACCAGCGGAGGACGCAGGGAGCCUUGAAGAGCUUUAACAAGACGCUUUGGGACGGGAUCAGUGGCCUCUUGCAGAAGCGGAAUGGCACCGAGGGGAGACUGGCAGAGUUGGAGAAGAAGCUGACCGCUCACGGCAACCGGAUGGGGACAGCAAAGAACCGUAUCCAAAAUCAGCUGGAUCUCUUACAAGAGGAGACGAAACUGUUCAACUGUGACUUAGAGGAACUGAAAAGUAACGGGACCAAAAGCGGCUGUUGCCCAAAGGACUGGCGGUCCUUCCAGGAGAGCUGCUACUGGGUCUCGAGAACCACCGCCUCGUGGGACGACGCAAAACGUAACUGCGAAAGGAUGAAUUCGCACCUGGUGAUCAUCAAUUCACCUGCAGAGCAAAGGUUUAUAAUUCAGCAAAAAAGGCCUGGAUUCACAUGGAUCGGCUUAACAGACGUCACCAGGGUGUGGAAGUGGGUAGACGGCUCCGACUACACAUUAAACAAAGAGGACUGGGCCGAAGGACAGCCGGAUCACUGGUACGGCCAUAACCUCGGAGGAGGCGAAGACUGUGUCCACAUGACGCGCCUCGGCCCGUGGAACGACAAUCAUUGUUCCCGACAGUUGCUCUGGAUAUGUGAACUGGAGCUGAAAAUGUAGAAGAAAGAGGGUCCCCAGGUGGCCUUAUGGGACAAGAUGUUCUAGGGGCCAUCGAUGUCCAGUUCUUGUGUAUCUCUAUCUACCCCGGUCACUUGUAGCUGGCUGCCAUUGUCCGGCUGCAUUUCCUCAUCAACCAUGAGCCAAAGGGCGGGAGUGUGUUUCACGGAACGUUCACAAACACUCAGCAUCAAACCGGCACCUAAGCCGAGGCACGCUAGUUCAUAUAAAGCAGGGGUGUCCAACCUUUCACCUUCCCUGGGCCACAUUAGAAGAUGAAAAUUUGGUUUGGGCCGCACAUAA